CGCGGCGGGACAGCGCCAGGCGCCGGACUCCUCUCUCUCCCGGAAGCGGAGCUAUGAACCCGUAAAGGCUCGCUGUGAGACAGCCGCGGUGGCGGAUACCGCCGAAGCAAAGAGCACCGAGGCCCCUGCGUUCGGGUGGUGCACCAUGGACGAAGCUGGCAGCUCUGCGAGCGGCGGGGGCUUCCGCCCGGGCGUGGACAGCCUGGACGAACCGCCCAACAGCCGCAUCUUCCUUGUGAUCAGCAAGUACACGCCCGAGUCGGUGCUGAGGGAGCGCUUCUCGCCUUUUGGCGACAUCCAGGACAUCUGGGUGGUGCGGGACAAGCACACCAAAGAGUCCAAGGGCAUUGCCUUCGUCAAGUUCGCCCGCAGCUCACAGGCCUGCAGGGCCAUGGAGGAGAUGCAUGGCCAGUGCCUUGGCCCCAACGACACCAAGCCCAUCAAGGUUUUCAUUGCUCAGUCCCGAUCAUCUGGAAGUCACCGAGAUGUUGAAGAUGAAGAACUUACAAGAAUCUUUGUUAUGAUACCAAAGUCCUACACAGAAGAAGAUCUGCGGGAAAAAUUUAAGGUGUAUGGAGAUAUCGAGUAUUGCAGCAUUAUUAAGAAUAAAGUCACUGGAGAAAGUAAAGGUUUGGGCUACGUACGAUACUUAAAACCAUCACAAGCUGCCCAAGCAAUAGAAAACUGUGAUCGAAGUUUUAGAGCAAUCUUGGCUGAGCCUAAAAAUAAAACAUCUGAAUCCUCUGAACAAGAUUAUUACAGUAAUAUGAGGCAAGAGGCUUUGGGACAUGAACCUAGAGUAAAUAUGUUUCCAUUUGUUGGAGAACAACAAUCUGAAUUUUCAAGUUUUGACAAGAAUGACAGCCGAGGCCAGGAAGCAAUCUCCAAACGCUUGUCAGUUGUAUCAAGAGUUCCUUUCACUGAAGAACAGCUUUUCAGCAUUUUUGAUAUAGUACCAGGAUUGGAAUAUUGUGAAGUUCAACGAGAUCCUUAUUCAAAUUAUGGUCAUGGAGUGGUUCAGUAUUUUAAUGUAGCAUCAGCUAUUUAUGCAAAAUACAAAUUACAUGGAUUUCAGUACCCUCCUGGGAAUCGAAUAGGUGUUUCCUUCAUUGAUGAUGGAAGUAAUGCAACAGAUCUCCUUAGAAAAAUGGCAACACAGAUGGUAGCUGCACAGCUUGCAUCAGUGGUGUGGAAUAACCCAAGUCAGCAACAAUUUAUGCAAUUUGGAGGAAGCUCUGGAUCACAGUUGCCUCAAAUCCAGACAGAUGUUGUACUUCCAUCAUGCAAAAAAAAGGCCCCUCCUGAAACUCCUGUGAAAGAAAGACUUUUUAUUGUGUUUAAUCCUCAUCCUUUACCUUUAGACGUAUUAGAAGAUAUAUUCUGCCGCUUUGGUAACCUGAUCGAAGUUUACCUUGUGUCAGGAAAAAAUGUGGGCUACGCCAAGUAUGCUGAUAGAAUAAGUGCAAAUGAUGCCAUUGCCACUCUACAUGGAAAGAUUCUGAAUGGGGUGAGACUUAAAGUUAUGCUGGCAGAUUCACCAAGAGAAGAAUCUAACAAACGGCAAAGAACUUACUGAUUCUUGAGAAACAGUAGCUCAAGAGCACAUGGAUCCUGGGAACUGAAGGUAUGGUAUUGGUAGGAGAUCAGACAGCAGUAUUCAGUUAAAAUAGCAAGGUAUAGUUCAUUCAUUAAUGGCCAUGCUUUGACAUUAUUUAAGAUAGAAAAGUUUUGUCCUUAGUAGAAAAUGUAGCUCCUACUAUACUUUGAGAAAGUUACCAGGCCCUGUGAAAAUUUAUUUGAGUGGUUAUCGGAGAAAAAGGGAGGUCUGUGACUGUCAUAUAUGAAUUGAAGGCAGUAUGUAGAUGUCAAGGUCCAUGUGAGCUAGCUAACCUAAGCUGUACCACUGUGGUACUCUUAGAAACUGCGUGUCUGACCAAAAUGCUGCAGUAGUGGCAGAAGGAAGGCAUUAGGAGACCAUUUUUAAACAGUUGUUUGUAUGUGAGGUACAAAACUCAAGAACCAUGUAAAAGGCAAGUACUGGUACUGUUUUCUCCAGAAAUUGGGGGAAAUACUGAGCACAGAAGAAUAACCAAAGUGCUUCUCAACAAUAACUUCAGUGAAACUAUGUUUUCUGAAUUCUUCAAAUUCUUUUCUGAUUUUGUAAGUAUAUGAUAUUAAAACUCCCUGCUUUUUUUGCUCAUAUAUUAAUAUUUUCUAGCAUUAGCAAGACAUAGGUAGCAGCAUUCAUUAGCUCAGAGUUUUUAAGGGUUUUGUUUGCUUGCUUAUUGUUUCUUUGUUGUUUUUUUAAUGCUAGAAAAAAAUUAAAGUCAUCUACUUUAAAAUUAUGUUCUAAUUUACUAGAAGAUGUGAUAUAUAAAAGUAUAAAAUUUCAUUUUUUUUCCUCUCUUUGUCAACAAAGCCUAUCUGGGUCAGGUGUGAUAGCUCACACCUGUAAUCCCAGCACUUUGGGAGGUUGAGGUGGGCGGAUCACUUGAGGUCAAGAGUUCAAGACCAGCCUAUCCAACAUGGUAAAUCCCUGUCUCUACUGAAAAAAAAUACAAAAAAACUAGCCAGUGUGGUGGCAGUCACCUGUAAUCCCAGCUACUAAGGAGGGCUAAGGCAGGAGAAUCACUUGGAGUAAUCCCAGCCACUAAGGAAGCUGAGGCAGAGGUUACAGUGAGCCAAGAUUUCACCACUGCACCGCAGCCUGGGUGACAAAGCAAGAUUCCAUCUCAAAAAUAAAAGUAAAAUAAAACAAAGCCUAUCCAUUGUGUUGGGUUUUGGCCCUAGGAGAUAAUUUUUACAUUCUUACAUCAUUUCUCCACUGGCACAAAAGACUUCUUCCCUCUUCUAUAUUAGUACAUUCAUAACUUAAUGUAAGUGCGAGCAUGAUCAUUUGAAGAAGGUAGAGAAGAAGAUUAUAAUCUGUUGCUUGGAGGACUGACUUUAGAAACAAUCUACAAUAGUUGCUGAGAGCACUGGACAGGGUGAGCUGCUUUGGCAAUGUCAAGACUGAACCAACAGUGGCAAAAAAAGAGUAUACUAGCAAAGAUAACACCUACUUUUGGUUUAUCAUCACCAAUUUCUACCAGUAUUUAUCUACCAGUAGGUACCGUCUUGGCUUAUUUCUUUCACCAGCAAUUUCUAACAGGACUUAUCUCCUAAUAAUUUUAGCCUAAAUCUGGGAAUCAUAGGCAACAAGGAGUCUAUUCCAGGUACUGUAAUGUCAUCCCUACAGUUUUAUUUACUAUGUUAACUCAAAGAAGGUAUUUCACACACAAAGAAAAUGGAAGUAGAUCUCCCUUACAUCAUCCUUAAAGAUUAGCAGCGUGCCUGGAAUACCCAACUUCUACCAAUUAGCUUUUAGCUAUUUGUAACAGGAAUUUAUCAUGUCUUCUAGAUCUUGUUGAUAUUAUUAGCCUUCAGUUCCCAGAAGGUGAGUUUCAUAUAUGGUACCCACAUUGCCUUCUUGGGUCUGUUUUCUCAUCUAGAAAAUAAGAAAGAUAAUAAUUAGUAGUAUAAAUGCAAGCCACUGCAAACCUCCUCUCCCGGUGCUCUAUAAAAAUAUCCUUGAAAACAUUAAAUAGGAAGAAAAUUCAUGUCAAUCAUAGAAACUUGGGUAAGAAUAGUGGAAACUAGAAUUUCUACUAAAUCAAAAUUUAGUAGAAUACCAGUAAGGGGUAGGUUUUUUUAAAAUGGCUGACUCCAAUUCAACAUCAGAACAUCUUGUUAAUAAAACAAGAUGACACCUUAGUCUCCCAUCUUCUAACACUCCUUAUUAACUUACAUAUGCGAAAGCUAUACUAUUGAUUUGAGACAGCUAUUGAGAGUCUUGUCAUAAUAGGCUUCUUUCUGCAUUCCUUCACUAGUGGCCCUGAAGCUGCACUAUGUUGGAGGUUUCCUUGAUUUAAGAGAACCACACCUGGCAUUCACCUCUGUAGGGGAGUCAUAAAAGAUCCUGCCUCUGACUAGAAGAGUAUGAAUGGCAAAGGUGACAUAACCAGCACAAAAAGACCUAUUAGCUUCUGCACAUCAGCUGAUCUAAAUCAGCUGAUACUUACAGAUGGGGAGCAGGGGAUAUAGAAUGUUCUUUUCAGCUUCUUUGACUUGAGAACUUUUAUCUUAUUGCAAGGAAGUCCCUUACCCUCUUCUACCCUAGAUCUGACAGACCUCCUGGGAUUUCCUGGGGGAAUGAAAUGAGCCUAACACCUCUGACCACCUGCUGGGUAUUAUGUCAGCACUUACUGGGUAGACUGGGAAAGAGCUGAAAGCAAUAUUCUGAGUCUGACAGUUCUCUGCAAUUGGCCUAGAUAACCUCAUUGAGAAAUAAGUAACUAAAUGGGCAAAAGAUUUGAACAAGCACUUCACAAAAGACCAAAAGAGAUGGCAGGGUUUUUGUUUGGUGGGGGAGGGUUCUUUUGUUUUGUUUUUGGGUUUUGUUUUGUGUUUUGGGCAGAGGACAGGGAUUGGAUGGAUUCCUUUUGUAAAGAAAUAUUAAAAUAUUCUCUUUAAUUUGACAAUUAAGUUUAAGAAUCUUUUAAAACUCAGAGUGUUCAACCAUAUUAGUCAUUAAUGAGCUGCACGUUAAAACUACAAUAAGAUACCCUAACAGUGGUAUGAACAGCAAGAAUUAAAAUGUUGACAAUACCAAGUACUGGUGACUGUGAAGCAGUAAGAACUGCUGGUGCAAAUGUAAGUUGGCUCAACCACUUGGGAAAAUGUUUGACAGUAUCUACUAAAGUUGAACAUAUGUACCCCCUCAACUCAGCAAUUCUACUUCAAGCAUAUAUCUAACCAAGAUGUGUACGUAUAUGUACCAAAAGAUACAUAGAAAAACGUUCUUAGUAUUAUUCACAGUAGCCUCAAAGUCCAUGAACAACCCCAAUGUCCAUGAACAGAAUGCAUAUAACACUCUAUAGCAAGGAAAUGAGCUAACUCUUGCUACACUUAACGAUUUGAAGGAACCUCACUAAGAUAAUGUUUAACAAAAGCAACCAGCCAACAAAA